UAUAGGUCAUGUGUUUCUGUUAGCUGUCACGUUAGACAAUGUAGUUGAAAACAUUUCCGACUGCAGUGUCAGAAUUGGACUGAACUUUGCAAAUGCUAAAUAGCAUGUCUGCUGUCUGGAUUAAGAUUUUCACCAUCCUUUGUCUUUGCUACACAGCAGAGAUGAAUGGAGUGGUUUGGAAAGAAAAUGGACAAUCCAUCACAAUCCAGUGCAGAAUUGAACUUAAGCAAACUUAUCUGAGUUUAAAAAAAGGCAUCAAUAAGGACAUUGACAUUGUUAUUAUAUACGAAACCACAGGUAAAAUAAGUACUUCUGAAGAAAUGUCAAGAAGAGUUCAGACACAUGGAAACUUCCCCAACAUUGAUAUUCUCAUUAAAAACCUGAGUACAAGUGACACAGGACCAUACUGGUGUGUGUAUACAGACGUAGACAAAUUUUAUAAUCAGCGGAUCAAUGACGGUAACGGAUCUGUCCUGCUGGUGGUGACAGAAAAGAGUGCACCAACAGAACAGCUGGUGACGUGUGGACAAUCAAACAUAAACAUGGUCGGGGUGUAUGUUGCCAUCGCUGUCGCUGCCCUGCUCAUCAUCGUGUUGGGCUUUAUCGUGUGGAUCAUGUACAAGGUCUCAGACAGCACAACGAAACCGAGGCGUGUUGCUACAAACGGUGACGUUUAUGAGGACAUGCGAGGAACAAUCAGGCGUUGAGAAUGUGAGUCUGCAGGUUGCUAACCUGCUUGAAGCCUUUUACAUUGUGGGCCACAAAGACAAAAGCGAUGCCUGUGGUGCAACAUCGCACCUCCUGCUCUUCCCCAACAGAUGCACAUGUUCAAAAACCAAGCAUGUGUUCACAAGAGUAUGUCAGCAAAGACAAAGGGAAUGGACAAAAUAAAUCAUAAAAUGGUACUUUGUAAAUCUUUGUAAUGUUUUUCUUAAACUGGAAAACAUGAGUGUUGAACAAAAUUUUAAACAAAAUCAUAAAAUUGUUUUUUUUUGUUUUGUUUUAUAAUUUUAAAUUAUAUUUUCUGUCCUCAGAUUUUCGGUGAUGUUCUUAGUAACGAUUAGGUCAUAACACAGCAUCUAAGAUGAAUCAGAACUUUUUCAAAACUUUUUCAAAAUAAGUCAAUGUCUUGUCACUUUCUUAAUUCAGGUUUCAGCUUGUUGUUUUGUAAGUGAUUUAAGAAGUAGUAUCACCAAACCCUGAUGCUCCCUAUGUCAUGGAUUUAAGCUGAAAUUAGGUGACUUUGAUCAAAAUGAUCAUUCAGGUAAAUGACAAUACUUUGGUGUUGUGUUUGAGCUCAGGCCAUAUAAGACAUUGUGAACAUAGUCAUGAUCAAGAAAUGUAUGUAGCAAAUUUAGGCAAAGCAUGUCUACAAUGAACACUUCCAACUAAGUUCCUCCAAUAAAAUAUUACACUCCAACUAGAUUUCAAGAAAGUAUCUGCAUAGUUCCAGACUGAAAUGUUAAUACUAACUGUAUUAUAGGAAGAAUGUAUAUUGUACGUUUUGAUUUGAUUGUUAUUCUUGCAGUAUUUUUCUGAUAAAGUGUUUUUAAAGGAACCUAAGUAUAAAAUGUAAUAGUAAAUUGUAAAUAAACUCAUGGUUUAUUUUGCUGUGCUGUGUGAGAUACCAUACUAUGUAUGUUAUACAAUUUGUCUGUAUUUUCUAAUCUUAAUCAAUAAAGCAAUACUUUUACUAAG